AUGGCAGACAUGGAAAAGGAUGCCACAAAGGAGCUCAUUUCCAGCACUGAUUUCUCGACCAGCGAGGAAUCGGCACUUCGUCGAAAGUACGUCAAGAUAUCCGGAUGGUUUCCUUCAUUCGCUAACCGUGUAGUUCGUAGACUCGAUUCCAGGCUGAUUCCCGUUGCUCUUUUGAUGUAUGUUUUCGCGUAUCUGGACAGAGUCAACAUUGGAAAUGCAAGAGCUUAUGGGCUUAACGUUGUCACAGGAUUGGGGCAAAUGGAACGAGACAAUGGAAUGCAAGGAAGUGACUACAAUCUGGCACUCUCGUUGUUUUUCAUCACAUACACGGCUGUGGAACCAUUCUCCAACUUAAUUUUGCUACGUGUCCCUCCAAGAUACUUCUUUUCCCGAAUCAUGAUAUCCUGGGGCAUCCUGGCUGCUUGCAUGGCUGCAUCAAGUUCAUUUGCUUCAAUGCUGACAAUAAGACUGCUACUUGGAGCAGCUGAAGCUGGAUUGCUACCUGGCCUCGCCUUUUGGCUUUCGCAAUGGUACAAACCAAACGAAAUCGCCUUAAGGAUAUCAUUCUUUUAUGGUGGAUCCGCACUAGCUACUGCCUUUUCGGGGUUAUUGGCCACUGCUAUCUUUUAUAUGGAUGGAGCAGCUCAUUUAGCUGCUUGGCGCUGGAUUUUCAUUCUUGAAGGAGUACCCUCUGUCAUUAUCGGAAUCUUUGUGAUAUUCGCCAUUCCCGACUAUCCUGAAACCGCAAAAUUCUUAAACGAGCGAGAACGGGACAUUGCAAUCUCUCGGCUUCGAUACGACAAUCCGGAAUAUAACACCAGACGUAUCGAUUUCAAGGAAAUCGUGGCCACGCUGAAACAGUGGGAAGUAUGGGUCCAGUUAGGAGUUUUUUUCAGUUGUGCCAUACCAGCAUACUCCAUUGUGUACUUCCAGCCAACCAUUUUAACUUAUUUAGGCUACAGCGGUGUCGCAGCCCAAUGGAUGUCGGUACCCACUGCAAUCUGGCCAGCGUUCACAAUCAUGGGAACAUCUGCGCUAUCUGACAGAAUAAAAGACCGUUCCCUCGUCAUCAUAGUCAACCACUUAAUCGCUGCUACCGGAUACAUUAUCAUGGCAACCACGUUUAUACCCGGGCUGUCGUAUGCCAUGAUAUUUUUAUUGGGAUUUGCACACCCUACUGUUUCUCUGGUACACGGCUGGGUCGCCAACAACCAAAUCAGUCCAAUGAGGAAAGCAUUUGCUAUGGGAUUCAUCAAUGGUGUGGGAAAUAUUGGCGGGGCACUAGCAGGCCAAGUUUACAGAUCGCCCGAUGCGCCACACUACGUAAUUGGGCAUUCUAUAAAUGCAGGAAUCCUGCUUCUGGGCGCGUGUUUCGCUCUCGUUGCACGUCUCAGUUUCAGGAGCAAGAAUCGAACAUUGGACACGUCUGAUGAAAAGACGUUGUGGAGGUAUACCCUAUAA